AUGCUUGCCGAAAGUGAAUAUCUCAUCGCUCAACAAAGCAUACAGGAUGCAUACCAGAAGCAUGAGGACCAAAAGCACAAAAUCCAGAAGCAAGAAAAGCAGAGAUUCUGCAGUGGGGAGCACAUCUUAUUAAGUCUCCAACUUCUCUUGCUUCUAGUACCUUUGACGCUCAGCAUUCUGCUGCUAUACGGCGAUAUCGCUGCCUGGCUCUUGCCGGGGACUCUCUACAACAUGGUGAAUAAAUGGCGCUCCUCUGUUCAAACAGCAGUUCAAGUCAUUUCUGCUGCUCUGGCUGCUAUCGAAGUCUUUGCACUUUGUCGCUUGAUCAAUCUGGCCACCCGAAUCUUUUUUACAAAAGCCCCUAUGUCACUAGAUAUGCUUGGAUUUUGGUCCGCCAUAUCAACACCGACAGUUAACUGGAGCCACCCGGUCUGGAUGAUAAUCAUUACUUUCCUCUUCAGCAACCUUCAUACUUCUUUCUCGGCCGUCUGGGCUGGUGCUCUCACUCCAGUAGACACCUUGGGGGUCCACAACACCACUGUCCAAAUCCCUGACUGGUCCAAUAUCACCCUCAUUAAGGAAUACCCAAGUCAGAUUGACUCAUCAGGCCCAUCUAUUCGGAACACCAAAGGCUACUUUACGUACUCAGUUGGCAUGGGCCUUCUUGGAUCUCUACUUGCUUCAGCGAAUUCAGCCUCAACGGUCGAUGGCAGCAUUCGCAACCACAACAAACUUGAUAACACACGAUACAAUUACCAUGGCCGAUCGUACGGAGCAGGUGCAAGCGCUGGUCUCAAUGAUCAGUCUGUUCUCAGCAUCCCCCAUGCAGUCAAUUAUACGUACACCGAGGUCGCUCUCGCAUCUUCGGUUUCCUGCAUCUACAACAGUAGCUCGGAUUUCGGUCUGCAAUCGCAGAGUGACACCAAUGCUUAUCCUGCAACAGGAUAUCUCCCAGACAGUACCAGCGGCGAGUACUCCACAUACAUUGGCUAUGGCAAAAGCGCAAUCGUCGCGAUUGGCGUGGCGGCUCAACCUAUCUCAUGGACAACCCCAACGCGAUAUAUGGCUAUAGCAGCGGGUGACGCGUAUGAAAAUCUCAAUCAAGUCCAGUGUGCUGUGAGCUUUAGCCCGACGCGAUUCAAUGUCUCUGUAGACGUGACCAACCGCCGAAUUACUGUCCAGAAGUCGCUUUCUGAAACAGCAAAAAUCCCCAACAUCGACCCUCGGGGCAACUUGACCCAUGUUUUAAUGCGUCAACUGGAACUGAUAUCCAAUGAUCAGACGAGUUUCUAUCGCUCGACCGUUGGAGAUGCCUUCAACGCUAGUAUUAGCGAUUACCGGACUUCACUCAAAACCAACGAGACCACAAAUAGGACGUCAGAGUUCCAAAUUACUAUGAAAGGCGUUGAAAAUGCCGUUAUUUCCUACAUUGAUGACAUGCUCGUUGCGUAUGCAUCCGCUCAACUACAAGUCGGGGGAUUCACAACUUCCACGCCGACCGUGGUCCAUGUUGACGCUCUGCGUAUUGGGUCGCGAGGCUAUAUCAUUGCAAGUGCAUGCAUCACUCUCGCGAUUAUACUGCUAGUCGUUGCUGAAGCCAUCCGUAUGCGAGGUUGGAGGGCACUCCCGGCCUUCGACUACCUAGAUACUCCAAUACUAGUCAUUAGAGCUUCCAAAGGAGUCCGUGGGACUACUCAAAGCGCUCAAAAUGGGGGACACAAGCCAUUGGAUCGAGUCCUGGUUGUGUGGAAGGGAGAGGCGCUUGACGACGUAGGAUUAAUUUCUGUCGGGACUCCUCGCAAGGGAAGUAAAAGGCUUUUGUCUGGUUAA